AUGGUGCUCGCCAAAUCCAAGAAUGCAGUGGGGCUGGGGAACAGCCUCAUGAAUGACCGUUUCGGCAGAGGCAAAGGCAACGACCGCAAGAAGGUCUCGGCAGGAAUACACAGAACAGAUCAAGAGGGACAGACCUAUGUCACAAAUGCCCCCAAAGAAGCAUCAUGGGUAAAAAUGCGAAGUGUAACAGAGCAAGGUGCUCUUGAUGAGUUUCUCAGCACUGCAGAGCUUGCUGGGACAGACUUUACCGCGGAGAAAAUGAACAAUGUGAAGAUCAUACAUACCGAUCAACGCAAUCCAUACCUCUUGUCAGCAGCCGAGGAAAGAUCAGCUAUCAGAAAGCAAAACGCGAACAAGAAUCGUUUGACUGUACCAAGGCGGCCACCUUGGGACGAGACCACUACACCGCAAGCGUUGGAUCAGAAAGAGAGAGCGAGUCUGCUCGAUUGGAGAAGAGGCUUAGCUGAGUUACAAGAAAAUAAUGACCUCUUGAUGACGCCCUUCGAGAGGAAUUUGGAAGUAUGGAGGCAGUUGUGGAGGGUCAUCGAGAGGUCAGAUCUUGUGGUGCAGAUUGUGGAUGCCAGAAACCCAUUGCUCUUCCGGUCAGAAGAUCUUGAAAAGUAUGUGAAGGAGGUCGAUCCCAAGAAGAAUAAUCUACUAUUGGUCAACAAGGCGGACAUGAUGACUUUGCCGCAAAGAGAAGCUUGGGCAAACUAUUUCCAAAGAGUAGGGAUCAACUACAAGUUCUUCUCGGCUUCGCUGGCGAAGGAGAUGAAUGAGGCAAUGGACAUAGAUGCAGAGCCGACCGAGAAUGCUUCGGCGGUGCCAGACAAAGCUGUCGAGGAAGUAGUAGAUGGUGCGGGUGACAAGCUCGCUAAUGAGGCCGAGAAGUUGGAUGUACAAGAUGCAGAGGAGGACGAAGAGCAGUGGGCAAGUGAGGAGGAUCUUGAUGAAGAAGUGGAUCAGCGAACGAGGAUCUUGACUGUAGAUGAACUUGAGGCUUUAUUCCUAGAGAAUGCUCCAGACGUCGAGAACACAGACCCGGAACAUCCACGGAAGACGACAAUUGGUCUCGUGGGCUACCCCAAUGUUGGUAAAUCCUCUACCAUUAACGCACUUAUCGGAGCGAAGAAGGUCUCUGUCUCAUCAACGCCGGGCAAGACGAAGCAUUUCCAAACCAUACAUCUCAGCUCGGAAGUCAUACUUUGCGAUUGCCCUGGACUUGUCUUCCCCAAUUUUGCCACUACGAAAGCAGAGCUUGUCUGCAAUGGAAUCUUACCAAUUGACCAGCUCCGAGAGUUUACGGGACCCGCAGGGCUCGUUGCCCAGCGCAUCCCCCAAUCAUUCUAUGAGGCUCUUUACGGCGUCAAAGUGCAGAUUCGACCCCUGGAAGAAGGCGGCACCGGAACACCAACGGCCGAGGAGAUCUUGAUCGCUUACGCUGUUGCUCGAGGAUUCGCAAAGACAGGACAAGGACAACCGGAUGAAUCGAGAGCUGCGCGUUACGUGCUCAAGGACUACGUGAGUGGCAAACUAUUGUUCUGUCACCCACCUCCCAGUGAUCCUCCGGUUGAUCCACGAGAGUUCAAUCGAGAUCUUUACGAUGUCGAGCAUCUUCCGCAGAAGCGGCGGGCCAUGUUAGCAGCACAGGUAGAAGCUUCGAUAUCCGGCUCGGAGAAUCCUUCAUUGAUGGAUGAUGCGGAGUCGCUUCCUGCAGUGCCUCUACAAGGAGAGAAGUCAAACGGGCUUGAUAAGAGGUUCUUCGGACCUGGGCAAGGCAGUGCCGGACAUUUGACUAUGCCUUUUAAUCACCAGUACAGUGAGCAGGGGAAAAGGCAGCUGACGGGUAGGAAGCUGCAGACAAUGACGGCAUUGGAAAAAAACAUUGAUCCUGCAGAAUUGAAGCUGCUGAAUUCCAAGAAGCAUGGCAACGGAGGGAAGAGGAAGCACAAGGCGUCGCGAGCUGAAAAGGCUCUGGAUCCUAAUGUCCUGGACGUACCAAAACGGUGGUUGAUCCAUUUCGACAUCCAGACAAACCUAGUCCUGGCGUCAGCUACUCGUUUACGAGUACAGGUACUUUUGACCUAA